CGUCCCUAGCGGCGGAGAUGGCGGCGGCGACGGCGGCGGAGGCUGCCGCUUCGGGCUCUGGAGAGCCCCGGGAAGAGGCUGAAGCCUCCGGCCCCGCCUGGGAUGAGUCUCAACUGCGCAGUUAUAGCUUUCCGACCCGGCCCAUUCCGCGUCUGAGUCAGAGCGACCCUCGGGCGGAGGAGCUUAUCGAGAAUGAGGAACCUGUGGUAUUGACCGACACCAAUCUUGUUUAUCCUGCUCUGAAGUGGGACCUUGAAUACUUGCAAGAGAAUAUUGGCAACGGGGAUUUCUCUGUGUACAGUGCCAGCACCCACAAAUUUUUGUACUAUGAUGAGAAGAAGAUGACCAAUUUCCAGAACUUUAAGCCGAGGUCUAACAGGGAGGAAAUGAAAUUUCAUGAGUUUGUUGAGAAACUGCAGGAUAUACAGCAACGAGGAGGAGAAGAGAGGUUGUAUCUGCAGCAGACACUCAAUGACACCGUGGGCAGGAAGAUUGUCAUGGACUUCUUGGGUUUUAAUUGGAACUGGAUUAAUAAGCAGCAGGGAAAGCGUGGCUGGGGGCAGUUGACCUCCAACCUGCUGCUCAUCGGCAUGGAAGGAAAUGUGACACCUGCUCAUUAUGAUGAGCAACAGAACUUCUUUGCUCAGAUCAAAGGCUACAAACGAUGCAUCUUAUUCCCUCCGGAUCAGUUUGAGUGCCUCUACCCGUACCCUGUCCAUCACCCAUGUGACAGACAGAGCCAGGUGGACUUUGACAACCCUGACUAUGAGAGGUUCCCCAAUUUCCAGAACGUGGUUGGCUAUGAAACAGUGGUUGGCCCUGGUGAUGUUCUUUACAUCCCAAUGUACUGGUGGCAUCACAUAGAGUCAUUACUAAAUGGGGGAAUUACUAUCACUGUGAACUUCUGGUAUAAGGGAGCCCCCACCCCUAAGAGAAUUGAAUAUCCUCUCAAAGCUCAUCAGAAAGUGGCCAUAAUGAGAAACAUUGAGAAGAUGCUUGGAGAGGCCCUGGGGAACCCACAAGAGGUGGGGCCCUUGUUGAACACAAUGAUCAAGGGCCGAUACAACUAGCCUGCCAGGGGUUCGAGGCCUCCUGCCAGGUGACUGCUAUCCCGUCCACACCGCUUCAUUGAUGAGGACGGGAGAUUCCAAGCGCUAGUAUUGCACGCUGCACUUAAUGGACUGGACUCUUGCCAUGGCCCUGGAGGCAGGUGUUUGGGGCAAGGCAGGGAGGUUGGCACUCCACUCCCAUUUGGAGGGACUUCUUGCCCUUGCCUCUUGUGCCCCAGCACCUUUCCUCUCUGCCCCCCCUUAAGUCCUGCAUUCAGUGUAUGGAGUCCCAACUUCUGAGUGUCUUCAUGUCUGUGUGUGUCCGUCUGUCAACCCUGGGAUGUAUGUGUGUCUGUUCCUUGCAACCUCAGUGCCUCAGCCUGAGAGAGGAGAUGCUUCUGGGACCCCCACUGCAUCUGAACUGCAGGGCCAGAGCUAUCCUGACCAUUAGGUCAGUCUGCCCCCCUCCAGCUUUCACACAGUCAGACUCUAGGCUGGGUAGGAAUGGCUACUGGAACUUUAAUGGGGAGAGGGAGGAGGAGGCUUACCUUUGAGAGCCUGACAGCUGUCCUGUGAGAAAGAAUUAGGUAGGGUUCCAGCUUAGACCUUCAAACUCAGGCCAUACACAGGAAGGAGCCUUGUGACAUGAGAACCAAGGAUUGUGCAUAAGUUCCAAAUUGCAGGCAUAUACAGCUUCUCUUUCAGCACCAGCUCUUACUCCCUGUGCAGGGCACCAAGGGAGUUCUCCUAGUGGUGGCUUCUCUAGGUUCUUGGGAUGCACGCUUCUCUCUCUCUCCCUCUUUCUCUCUCUCUCUCUGUGUGUUUGUGUGUGUGUGUGUGUGAGAGAGAGAGAGAGAAAGUGUGUGUGUGUGCGUGCAUGCAUGUCCAUGCUGGCCAGCCUCUUCAGUUUACCAAGGUUCUCUACUGCUUAACCUUGUCCAGUGGGACAGUGCAGUAGGAGUCCAGGGAAGUACUGCCUGACCUAGCCUAAAGCAUUUUCACUCAGAUUUUAGCCAUUGUUUGUUGGUCAGGUCUUACUGCAACCAGCCUGAGGCUGACUGCUAGAGCCUCAAGGCCCUGUGGCUCUCCCUGCCCAGGCCACAUCCUCUACUCCUGCUGAGCUCCCUGGCUGAGUAGAUGAAAUGGGGUCAAGCUUAGGCAGCUAACUCACCACCUGUCAUUCACCUCAAGGCAAGGUCAAAAAUGUAGCCUUGCCUCAUUAAGCCAGCGCCUCUGCCAGACCCCACUCUAAUGCCCUGGAAACACCCUCAAAAGUCAGGGCAACUUAUGGAGCACAGAAGUGGAAUUUCCUUUUCUGUUCAUAGCUACUCAUGGGAACCCCUCUCAGGGCUGCAGCUUACAGCUAGCUGGGCAGCUGUGCACUGUAGCACUUGAAGGGCUGUCGUUCACAUCUAUUCAUUGAGAGUAGGGCCCUGGAGUGAGUGUGAUGGCCCUCUCUCUUAUCACCUCCACUCCCAUCUCCAUCCCCCUUCUCACUGAAAAGAAAGAGGAGUUGGAAGUCUCUGCCCCCCCUCUCCCCCUUUUUUUUUUGCCAAAGGUGUAUUUCCAGUGUCUGAGCUAUGGCUCUAACCCCCAAAGCUCAGUUUACAGUGCACUAAAAAUGGACUGAGAGGAUGUGUGUGGAUGUGUGUGUGCACCUGUGUGUGUAUUUGGGGGGAAGGGAUGUUUGUGUUUAUUUUUAGAACCUCAUUCUGGGGUUUUCUGAUAGAGUGGGUGUGCAAACAUGGUACCUUUUCAAGUGUAGUUCUUUCAAAUAUAGCUAAUCUUGAAAAAUGACUGAGUGUUCUCCAUCUCUUGGGAAAGAGGAGCGCAGCAAAGAAAACGAAGCAGACUGAGGAUGAACUUGGGCCACAACCAUACUUAGAAAGGUUGUAGAUUAUGUUCACGCUCCUCAGCAGGCCUGCUGCAUUCCUGGCUCAGCCUUAAAGAUGUGGGCGAUGUGCAGCAGGGAGGCGGGUGCCCCUCAGCUGGUCCUCACUGGGUGCUGUGCUGACACAGGCCUGACCCAAGGUGAUGGCCAACUGGGAAAGGCUAACUUUGAAACGUUCACAGGAUUGGUCCUGAUCUUUGGGUAAUAUAAUAGAGGCCCCCAAUUAUUAGCUUCCUGAUACGUGCCUAGUGCUUUUAUCUUUGUUCGUCGCCAUCCUACAAGGUAGGUAUUCUCAUUUUACAGAUUUAGAAAUGGGCUCAGAGAGGCUAAGUGAUUAGUGGCAAUCAAAUUUGAACCUAGUGCUGUUUGAUGGCAAACCCUGCUCUUUCCAUUCCACCAAACUCUGUUGAUUGUCUUGCCUUAAUUCUCUCCCUUGUACUACAGCGUCUGGCCUCCAUUCUCACGCCACUGGGCACUGUAUGGCACAGGCAGGCUAAACCAAGAGGGUUCAGAGGAUCAGCUUAGGGAGAAAGCUCUUCUGGCCUCCAGCUAAAAGCAUCUUGCUAAAACUUCCCAGGAGACUGUAGUAUGGGUUAAGAGUUCUAGAAGGAGGUAUGGAGACCUGAGUUCUAGAUUCUAUUGUGUUACUUGUGUGUCCCGUAAUUUCUCCCCAGCAUGCAUGUUCAUCUAUAGAACUGAAAGCCUAGUUCUUGGUGGUCACUAAGAGCCUUGACUCCUGUUCUGAGAUCAAAGCUUCUCCCUUCACUCACCUAGGCUAGGGCUCUUUAGGCUCAAGUUCUGCUUGUGAGGGAAGAAACAUCCUCUGCAGUUGGUUACCAUCCAUCCUAGCGGGCAGGAUGGGAGGCAUACACACCGAGGGAGUUGGGGAUAUGGGCCUAUAUAGGGGUCGGCCAAACUGCAGGCUCCUGUUUUCACACCAGCAGGUGCAGAGGAAACUACCGUUUUGUGAAGUCAAAUAUUUGUUGGGGGGUUGGUGUUGGGUGUGGGGGAGGGGCUGUUCUGGGCAUCAGUUGAGCAGAUGCCCGGGAUGCCUGGGGGAGACCAGCUUCCUCUACAAAUCAGAGCUCUAAAUUACAAGGUUUUUACCAACGUGAACAGUUGGGGGAAGUCGUCUGCUCUCAUUUGCGUAAUGGUUUCUGUCACUGGUGAUUAGACACAGGAUGAAGGAAAAGAAAUUUGACAAUUAGGAAUGAGCGAUCAUUAAUCUGAAUCUGUUAGGAAUCAGAGAGGGGAAGGAUCCUUAGCAAUGGGCCUGCUCAGUGUGGGGAUACACUCCCUCCCUCUGCCACCCAGAGACCUCUAGGUCACACACCCUUUCAGUAUUCCCACAAGUGGGCUGAGCUUGUAUCAAGACUGGGUGGGCCUGAGAUGGAUACAGGAGUAGACAUUUUUGGGCCUGAACCAAGAAUGAUAAAGAUAGAUGGGUGUCGAGUACAAGCUACCGGGCAAGGAGUAACGAGAAUAGUUUUGACGUGUUUAGCGUUUGCAGAAAAUGUCUUUGUAAUAGUCAGCACUUCCGAUAACAUCACCUGUGACAAAUCCAGUCCAGCAUAGCAGGGUGUGGAGAAAACCAGGUCUUUCUGAAACAAUCAGAUCGUGAAGCCCUAUCAUUGUGCUCUCAGUGUGGACCACGUUAGGGGAAGGAAGAUCAGUGGAGAACAAAACUCCUCCAAAUCCCUGGGCUCCCCGUGGGAGGGCAUCGUCACUCUAGGCCCCCCAGCAAUGCUGAUUUGUUUGUCUUUUUAUGUCAAUACAGCUGUGGUUAUAUGGGGUGCAUUGAGGCCCCUGGCCCAGAUGUGUGAGCCAGCGAUAAGGUUAACUAACUGGCUGAGUUUUACCGUGUAGAGAAUCCCAACUUGGAUCUUCCAGGUCACCGAGUUACCUUACCUCUCACCUCCUCAGUCUUUUCAGACUUUAAGGGCAUUUUUAAAUUGCACCAGUUAGUACUUGUUCCUCAGUUUUGUGACUUGAAUGCAGGGGUUCCUUAGAUCAGAGGUCCCCUCAAGGAAGCAUGGGGGGUGGAAGUGGGGAGGGGUUCUCUGUGUCCUCUGAGAAUGUGAACUCCCCAAGAAUAGGCCUUUGUCUCCUCCCUCAGUGAAUUCCCUACAUUUGGAUCUUCUACCCUUUAAAAUCCAGUGCAGGAUUUAGUAAAGGAAUUACCCUCUAAACAGUUUUACACUAGACUGGUAGAUGACAGGAGAGGGGUUAUCACCCAGAAGUGGCUCAUAGAGUUCCAAAGGCACUGACCUUCCAGCCCGUAUUCUCUUCCCCUUUCUCAGGAACCUGCAGUUGUUUGUCCUCUAGCCCCCUGCCCGGUUCUCUGGUGUCUUCUCAAACUGCCUUCUUUAAAGGAAUGUUCCAGCUUCCCUUUCCAGAAGUCCUUCAGUUUCUCCUACCCAGCUUCCCUCUGCCCAGUCUCCAGUGCUUCCUUCAGCAAGGUCCUUUUUCCUAAAGAGUUGCCAUUCACCUUAGGAAUUCCUUGGCUAUGUCGGGAUAAAGUGACACUGUCCCUAGGGCUGCUUUCCCUGGGGUCAUUCUUGUUUGUCGUAGGUUUGUCUUUUCUGAGCGUGGUAGCUGUUUUUGCCUAAGGCUAGUUCAUGUGCUCCGUGUCUACCCCAUCCUCUUGCUGUUCCUCUUUCAUUUCUGCGCAUCCUGGUUUAUCUCUCCAACUGUGGUGGCCCUUUCGGCUUGUCGGCAAGAUCUAUCUAAUCCUCACAAACCUGGGAUCCUGAAAGGAGCCCUACUGAGCACUUUCGGAGCAUUUCUGAAGGUCCUCAGAACUUGGCAAACUUGAGACCCAGGAGCCAGUGAUCAGUAGGCCUCCAGAGAGUAACUACAGAGGGUGGGGGUUAGGAGACUCCGCAGGAGUGGGGCUGGGCCUGGCAAGUCAGGGUGGAAGAGCUGGAGUGUUUGUUUCCAUCUAAAUGUGUCCUGUGUGCCUUCAGGUCUAGUGGUUCAGAGAUGAUGGGCAUUUUGUGAAUGUCUCAUUUCUUUCAGGUGUCUGGCGAUGCUCUGAGUCACCAAGUUUGGUUGAACUCUGUAGUCCAGUGGUUGCUGGAUGGGGAACAGCAUAUUGAGUAGUCAGAUGUCAGGAGUGGAGGUCUUAGAUGAGAAAGGCUCUGGAGGGCUGGGGGUUAACAGAAGAGAGGUCCCAGUGGUUAGCCUAUAACCACAUAAUCACUUCUGCGGGAGCUUAAAUAUGAUAGCUGAUUAAAGAAGUUAAUAAAUUGGGCCCUGCCUUUUUCCGUACCUAAACUCUGGUCUCUAGGCAAUAUUUUGGGAAGGAGAAUGUGUCCUUUAACUUCCAAUGGGAAACAGUCUAGCAUAGUGUUUGAAAGCAUGGACUUUGGAGUCAUGUCUUUUUUUUUUGUUUAGAUUUCUAGUUUUGCUACUCACCAGCUGAGUUUGACCGUGGUUGAUUCACUUAACCUCUCUGAGCCUCAGUUUCUUCACCUAUGAUGAUAUGUGGGGCGGGGGGCGGAGUGUUGAAAAUACUGCCUCAGGGUUGUUGGAUUAACUGAAAUAAUGUUUGUAAAGCUUUAGCACUGUGCCUGGCAAGCACUUAAUAAAUGGUUGUGGUGGUUAUAUUUAUUAUGUGACUUAUUCAAAUACUUGGUUUCAGUGAUCACUAAACAGAUUUCCAUGAUUCCUUCCCUCUGAAGAAAAGCAUAGGGAAGAAUAAGGAGAAAGACCCCUGAGAAGCCCAUACUGAAUUGCGUGAGACAAGAGUCUUGGCUCCUAAACCAGUUCCAGAGAAAAGGAAACAAAGAUUGUCUGAUGUCUCUUCUCCCUGGUAGCCAGACUCACAGCCAUACAUGUCAGCCUGGGGUCCAGGGUGAGAAGCUGUCAGGUAUGACCACCUACAGGGGCUGUGAUCAGUUAAAUGAUUUCCCAUUACACAUGGAGAAGCUGUUGCUACCUCACACCAUGAGACACUGUAGCAGUCAAACCAGGCCCCAUUGAUUCAGUUUUAUCCCAUUUCCUUCAAUGUAUUUAAAUUAUGUGUAUAUUAAGGCACAGGCAUUCAGAAGAGAAUUCAGAAAAAUAAAAGGCUGGAAUCUCAGUAGCUACAAUUUGUUGAACUAUUUUGCUCCGGGCACUAUACCCAUGUUCAUACUCUGGUUCAGUGGGGGAGACAAGCAGGCAGUUGGAGUUACGGGUGUGCAGAGGAGAAGCAGCUGAUCAAGCUUAGUCAUUUAGGGUAGGCUUCCUGCAGGAAGUGGCAGAGUCUAAGUGGAUAUCUGGAAGAUGAGUAACCAGGGGGUGGGGCAUGGUAAAAGACAUAAAUUUCUUCUGUAGCUUCUCAUUCUCCCAGUCCAAAAACAAACACUCCUAUAUGUUUAAGGGUUUUGUUGCAAAUCAGAAGAGCAAUGGACUCCUGAAAGAAGAAGAUGACCCUUGGGUCAAUCAUAGAAGUCUUUGAAAAUCAUUUUAGUUGUUUGCCUAGAUCUGUACUGCAGUGCACACGGGUUGAACAUGCUCAUUUGUAGCCAUUCUGCAGUCCUCUUCCUCAGAGGAUUGUGGAGGGGACUUCCUCUUGGAGGCAGCGUAAUGUAGUGGUUGAGAAUGAGAGCUUUGUGUACCUGGCUUUGAAUCCUAAAUCUGCCGUUAUUUGUAACCACGGGAAGGUGACAAAACUACCUGAGACUCACCUUUAUUUUUAUGGGGCUACAUCACCUUCCUUGUCAGAUAAGUGAAAUAAGAUACAGAAAGGCUUAGCAGAGUGUCUGGCCCAUAGCAAGGGCUCAGUCAUUGUUAGCUCCCAGUGGCCCCUUCCAAAGCCUUUACCUCUCCCCUGUCUAGCUUCCUGACUAAGAUCCUCUUUCUAGUCUCAGAGCAUGUCUAGGUAUCAGUUCAUGAGCAGAGCAUAAACUUCCCAGCUCGGGUUAGCAAGCUACUACCCCUUCUCAGUGACCUCUUACUCUCACAAGAACCCAAUCACCACCUUCAUUGCUGGGGAAUGAUCUUCCAAAAUUUCUUCCUGCAAUAGUAAAAAUACCAAAACACUGUCAAUAAAAAUAAAAGGCAUCAGGCCUGCUGCCCCCCAAGAGGAUAGAAGGAUGGUUCCUUCCAGAGGCAUUGGAGGCUUGUGCCAGCCAGCAGCGCAGUCAGAGGGCAUAGAGGAGAUGCUGGCGUGUGUAGUUUGCACAGAGGGCAGGGACACAGGAGAUUGGUUCAGAGGCUGCCAUGUUAGUCUAGAGGCAGGAGGAUGAGGGCUUGAGAAUUACAGUUCUUAAUUUCUUAAUUGUAACCUUUUGACCAUGUUGUUUGAGCACCACCCCACACAUUUUACAGUUGGUGUGGCCAUUUUUUCAUAAGGGCCUGUCUGAUGUACUGACAAGAACAGAGGCUUUGAAAGUGACUCCUGGGUUUUAAUCCCCACUUGUCACUUUCUAACUCUUGUCGCCUUGGGUAAGUUAUAAGUUAAUGUCUCUAGGCCUCAAAACCUUCACUUGUGAGCUGUGGGAAAUAGCACAUAACUUGCACAUUGUUUUGAGGGUUUGUGGUAAUGUUUUUAACCAGCUCAGUGUGGGUACUCAGGAUAUAGUUUAUUAUGAAGCCUGACUGUCAUGAACAGAGUUUAGUUAGUGCUGGAGAGAAAGAAUCUACUGGUUGCACAGCUUUUCUGAUCCUACUCCGACUCUCAAGGCACAUUGUUCGAAGUGGAAUCAGAAGAGAGGACUUAGGGUGGAGGAAGCAAAAUGGGGAAAAGAUCAUAAGGUUGUGGGAGGGACUGAAAAUUCAUAAAGGGCAGGGCCUGAGACAAAGAUAGCUUUGCUAAGGUAGGAUCUUGGGAAACAGAAGCAGAGACCUAGGUUCUAGGUUACCACCAAAUCCCUGGGAAAAUAAAGGGAGAGAGUAGCUGUGGAAGAUACAGUAUGGUUGAGUAGAAAGAACACAAGGUUUGAAGCAAUGAACCUAAGUGUGAAUCUUAGAUAUACCUCACAUAGACUGGGUGUCUCGGGGCCUGAUAGUCUCUCUAUGCUUCAGUCCCCUCAUCUUUAAAAUUGGUGAAUAAUACUGCUACCUUCUUUACAGGGUUGAUGGGACAAUGUGUGGAAAAUGCUAUGUAAACUGAGCGACAUAUAAAUGUUAAUUGUUGGGUGUUGCUGGGAGUUGGGGUUCUGGAGAGCUUUUCUAGAGUGGGUGUGGCACAGAAUUGCUGGGGUCCCAAGAUUAGAGCCUCCUACUUUCCUAGCAAGAAAGCAGUAAAGCAGCGUUUUCCACCAAAAUAGUGUUCUUUCACUUCGCCAAAGUUGACCAGUAAUGAUAUAAGAAGGAAAAGCUGUGUGGUGAGAAAGCAUAAGUUUUAGAGUUACACGGACUAGGUUUGAAUCUUGGUUUCACCAUUUACUAACAGCAGGAUGGUCAGGUUGCCAUCUCUGAGCUUUGAUUUCUUAGCAGGCUGCCCUCAUGUGGCAAUUGGGAAAGAAUGAGACAAUUCAAGGAAAACAUGAAUUCAGUGCCUAGUAAAGUGCUCAGUGAAUGUUAGUUCCUUUCCUUCCAUAUCUUUUCCCCUUAGGAAACAUCCUGUUUAUCCAGCAUAAAAAGGAACUCAGUUGUUCACACCUUUUCUAGGGUGAGAUCAAUUGCCCUGUGGGAGUGGGAGUGUGAUGGGAAGAAUCAUGGAGAUGGGGCAGGACUCUACAGUGUUAGAGAUGAAGUGGGGAUCCUUUCGUCAUCUGGUUGGCGUGGGAGCAGGACACAGAAAAGGCCAUGCUGAGAGGUGAGAGUUUCAAGAAAAGGUAAUGCUGAGUGCUCAAAUGGAAAAGCCAGGCAUCAUGGGGCAAUGUGGAGUAGAGGACAAGACACUGAACUGAGAGUAAGGAGAUCAGAGUUCUGUCAGGAGAAUGACCUUAGGAAUUGUGACUACAAGUCAGAGUCACGAGAGAAAUCCUGCAUUCAGCCAGGUAUCAUCUUAAUACCUGCAAAGGUUGUGUUCCUCCCAGAAAGGAAGGAUAUAAAAAGAAAGUAGAAAGACAUUUAAACGUUUUCAGAGCCAAGGAAAUGCACCACCCAAUCAAGGCGUAUAGCAGUUUAGGUAGGGUUCUAGGCUUCUGUGAGAAAAUGCAGUUAGGUGCUGAAGAGCAUCAAAUCCAGGGAUAUGGCUGGGUAUACCACCUAUUUUAAGUGAUGGAAACCUUGUGAUAGGCCCUGAAUAGGACUUUCUGGGUCCUUUCAGAAUCCAGCCAGUAGUCCAACUAAAUGCCUCAGCUAUCUGAGAAGGUAACCUCCGAAAUAUAUGAAUGGUAUCAAUUAUUUCCUUGAUAGGUAAGCAUCUUUUAAUGCCGGAGGCCCUAGUAUGAAUGAUAGGCAGGUUUAAGAACAUUAAACCCAUAGUGUUAAUAUGCUUGCUUUAAGGAAUCUGUGCAGUUUGUAUUUUAAGUCCUUGACAUGUGGAAGAGAAUUUGCCUGUUAAAGUAACAGAUUUGCCUUGUAAUUCCAGUUAAAAAAUGUCGAGUAAUUAGACUUAAAAUUUCAAGUUGAAAUUUUGCUAAAUUUCUAUAUCAUUUUGGAACAUUUGAAAUGACUUCAGAUUUGCUGUAUUUAUUCAUUAAUUUAUUGGUGAUACAGUAAUUACUUGGGAAAGUAUUUUGGUAAAGUAAGGAAGUACUUAAGGACACCACAUAUAUUAAAUGUAUCAAUGCCAUUUAAAUGCUUAAAAAGUUCAAUUAACUAUAAACUGGAUCAGACAUUAAAUCAAGCUCCUUUGUUUCAUAAGCAAAAUAAUAACGGGUUGCCGUAGGUUGGCAUCAACUCAAUGGCAACAACAAGAGCUGAACUUAAAAAAGUUGAGAAAAGUGUCUGGACAAAAGGAUUUUGGAUAAGUAACUUUGAAAAAUAGAGUAUGUUUUUUAAACCAAAGUAAUUGCUGAAUAUUCCUGUACACAAAAGUCACCCUGGUAGACAUAAAAAAAAAAAAAAAACAGGGAA